AACAUAAACCAGUUUAUUAUGAAUAAGUGAAAAAUAGCAAAUAACUAUAUUAUCUCGACUGCUACCAGACGUGAAUGUUUUGCAGUGCUUUCACAAACUACCACACUUACGUCCCUUUGUAAAUUUUUGAUGAUAUUCGACAGUCCUUAAAAAUGACUGCAAUAAUCCUGACGUCUUUGCUAUUGUCGCUUUCAGUUGUUCCCGUUUUAAGCCAGUCAUCAAAUCGCUCAUUUAGAAUCGAUUAUGAGCGCAACACCUUUGUUAAAGAUGGCAAACCAUUUAAAUAUGUGUCUGGCAGUAUGCAUUACUUCCGUACACCUAACUACUAUUGGCACGACAGAUUGUCUAAAAUGAAAGCUGCUGGUUUGAAUGCCGUUCAAACUUACAUAGCAUGGAAUUUCCACGAGCCUUUACCUAAAGUCUACCAGUUUUCUGGGGAUCAUGAUUUGGUAGGAUUUUUGAAAACGGCUCAAGAUGUUGGCUUGUUGGUAAUAUUACGUAUUGGUCCUUACAUUGAUGCAGAAUGGGAUUUUGGUGGCUUUCCUUCAUGGAUGCUUUCAAGUACCUCAAAUAUGACACUACGUACCAUGGAUCCAGUAUAUCUCAAGUAUGUGGAUGAGUGGCUUGAUAAACUGCUUCCGUUGCUGAAGCCCAUGUUAUAUUUAAAUGGUGGUCCUGUCAUUAUGGUUCAAGUAGAGAAUGAGUACGGCAGCUACUUUGCAUGUGACCAUGAAUAUAUAAGGCAUUUAGAGGGAAAAGUUAAUCAAGCAUUUGAAAACAAAGCCUUUCUGUUCACAACUGAUGGAAAUUCUGUAGGCCUUAUGAAAUGUGGUGCUUUGCAAGGGAUGUAUGCUACUUGUGACUUUGGUGUAACAAAAAAUUUUACAAGAAGUUUUGCUGCACAAAGAGUAAUUGAGCCUAGAGGUCCUUUUGUUAAUUCAGAAUUUUACACUGGUUGGCUUGACCACUGGGGUGAGAAGCAUCAUACAGUUGAUGCUGACAAAUUUGCGGAUAGUCUUGACUUGCUGUUAAGAUAUGGUGCAAAUGUCAAUAUGUACAUGUUUGAAGGUGGGACCAACUUUGGAUUUUGGAAUGGAGCCAAUAAUCCUCCUUACCAAGCAGUGCCAACUAGUUAUGAUUAUGAUGCUCCUUUAACUGAAGCUGGUGAUCUCACUCCUAAGUAUUUCAAGAUCAAAAAUGUCAUUUCCAAAUAUUUUCCUGUAGAGAAAGCUGUUCCACCUUCAACACCUAAAGCAAACUAUGGCAAACUAUUUCUUCAAAAGGGAGCCUCCAUUUUAAACCUUCUGUCAUACCUCAUGCCAAAGGGACCAAUCCUAACCGAAUAUACUGUCGCUAUGGAAGAUGUUAAACUGUAUUACGGGUUCACAUUAUACAGACACCAGCUUGAAUCUUCAGUGUAUCAGAAGCCUUUGAUAGGUCUUGAUGUAAGGGAUAGAGCAUAUGUUUCUGUGAAUCAGGAGUUCAUGGGUAUUUUAGAAUGGCAGUGGACAUAUGUGAUGAACAUCACAGGAAAAGCUGGUGACUUUUUGAAUAUUCUUGUAGAAAAUCAAGCUCAUAUAACAUUUGGCAACACCAUUAAUAAUAACCUCAAGGGAAUCUUGAAAAAUUUGACCCUUAAUAACCAAACCCUUAGCAAAUGGGAAAUGUAUCCAUUCUAUGACAUGCAAAGUCCAAACAAGACAGUUGUUGAAUCUUUCUUGAAAAAAGCAACAGAGAAAUCAAAUGCAACAUCUUUGAAAAUUCCAACAUUCUAUCAUGGUCUCAUAAAUUUACCAAAUGAUAAAAGUCAAGUAAAUGAUACUUAUAUAGAUUUAAAAUACUGGACCAAGGGUCAAGUGUACAUCAAUGGCUUUAAUUUAGGAAGAUACUGGACAGCAAGAGGCCCUCAAAUCCGAUUAUUUGUGCCCAAGACAGUAUUAGUACCAGGUGUAAAUAAUGUUGUGCUGUUCGAGCUAGAAUCAGCUCCCUGUGGUGAAGGAAAUCCUUGCAUUGUCACUUUUGUCGACACCCCUUUAAUUAACUCAGCUACCAUAAGCAGUCGUGUUGUAUCUCAACAACGUACUUUACAUUAAUUUCAGUAAAAAAUUACAUUGAAAUUUAAAAUUUUUCUUAAAAAAUAUUCUAUUUAAUCUUGUUGAUUAAGUGAAAAAAUUUUAUAUUUUUCUAUUUCAAUUUUUGGUAAAUUAUUGUCAGACGUAAGGGGAUAACUUUUAAUCCUUUAACUGCGAAAAUAAAUUUCAUGGCCAUUCCAAUAAUGAUUGUUAAAUAUCUAUCAAAAAAACAUAAAAUUAGUAUUUUCUGUAAGUUACAUUGCCUCCAUAAACUUGACAUAUCUGAAAAGAAAUAGUUUUGAACAUGACAUUCCUCAACAAAAGAUAGAUUGGUAUGAAAAAAACAAAAAACUGCUUUCUGUUGUUAAGCAUAAUGAAAUUUUGAGUGGAUAUAUCUGAUUUUUGCAGUAAAAGGGUUAAAUUAACUUGAAUUAAGUGAAUCUGAUUAUCAAGAAAUGUUAUAUUAUUAAAAUAACAGUGGAGUGGACAAAAAAAAAAAGUAGAGUGUUAAACAAAAUGCCUUGCAGUAUUUUGUUAUGGCUCUUCACCUUUCAACUUAGAAUCCUGUUGGGGUUGACUUUAAUUUCCAUUUGUUAAAAUAAAUACCUGUUAAAUACUAGGAUCAGAAUAAUGGUGAUUUUGCCCUGAAGAAAGUAUUGGUUCUUCCCAUAAUGUGGCUUUUUAUACUUCUUCUAUUUUUCAAAAUUAAGAUAAACAAAGUUCUUUUUUAAUCUAAAAUAUACUCUCCUUCAUUUUCUACAAUGCUCUUCCAUCUAUCUGGUAGACUUGCAAGAACCCUCUUCCAGUAUUCAUUUGUCCGCGACGAAAAAUACUUCUCUAGCACUGUACUGACCUCAUCUACAGAAUUCAUAUUUUUUCCAUCCAAAUGAUCUUGAAGAUGGUGGAAUAAAUGAUAAUCAGAUGGGGCAAUGUCUGGCGGAUAUGGUGGGUGGAGCAUCAUUUCCCAUUCAAACUGCUCCAACUUUUGGAAUGUCAUCCUUGUUGUAUGUGGCUGAGCAUUAUCUUGAUGGAAGAACACCUUUUGUCUUGAAACCAAAGAUGGUAAUUUUUUCUUCUAGCACUGGUGUCGAUAACUGGUUGAAUGACCAAAUCCAAGCUUUUCUGUUAGUUCCUCAACAGUUACAAUGGGAUUUUGUCCCACCAGGGUUUGCUAGACAUCCUUGUUGAGCUCUACAGAGCUUCCAGGAUAAGGCUCGUCUUCUAGGCUGUAGUUUCCUGCUUGGAAUUUCUGGAACCACUGUUAACACUGGUUAUUGUCCAAUCCCCAUAUACUGCAUUGAUAUUCUUCACACUUUCUGUUGCCUUUAUUGAACUCAUAAGGCAAAAUAUGCUGAAUAUGCUCCUUUGUCACUUUCAUUAUAGGUUUGAAAAAAUAAUUGUUAAAAUCGAACUGCACUCUUCAAAACUUGCACUAAGAAUAAGAAAAGGGAAAAUUCCUACCAGCCUUUCUAGCAAGUUGAUGCAGGUAGUUUAUUCCAUCCCCCUCCGACUUUAGUUCAUGCAGAAAAAACUGCAUUAUUUAUGGAGUAACCCAAUAUUAUCUUCUAGCCUGUAGAGAACAGUGGAUUGGUAGAAACAUCAAACAAAAUGCUUUGCCGUAUUUGUUUUGAGUUCAAAUCCUGCUGAGGUUGACUUUGCAUUUCAUCCUUCUCUGGUCAAUAAAUACAGCACCUGUUAAGUAUUGAAGUUGAUACCAUUGACUGUUCCCUCCUCACAAAUUUUUGGUUUUAUGUCUUUGUUAGAAAUGAGUGGUAGAAUUGGUAGAGCAAUGGUAGUGAGUUAAAGUUAUGUUGUGUUAUAUUUUGAUUUAAAUCCUGCUGAAGUCACUUUUGCCCAUUGGGAGGGAGUCAAAUAAAUACAAGUGUUAUGCUGGCAUCAAUUUGAUUGUAUCUUUUUUCUUUACCUAUUUCUCAUCUCAUGCCAAAGUUAGAAUGAUUGUUAUUGAUUUCUAACAUUGGCACAAAAUACGUUUUUUCUUAUCAGAGCAAUUACAGUAUCUACCUGAUAUUUAUUAGGAAGGAUGAAAGACAAAGCUGACUCAGAUGGGAUUUUAUACAAUUCAUCUGGUGGUAUACCAAUUCUCCAUAUUAUGUUAUAAUAAUCAUGGUAAUAAUUAUCAUCAUUACUAUAUAAUAGCAGAAAUGUCAGAAUAUUGAUUUUUGUCCUUCUGAAUUUUGUGUUCAAAUCCCACAAGAAUCUACUUUAACUUUCAUUUCUACAAAGACAAUAAAAUAAGUAUCAGGUGUGUGAUAAGUUCAAAUCAAUUGACUGUAUAUAUUUCAUAUAAAUCUGUGGUCUUCUGCUUAUCUAAGAAAUCAUUUUUAUUACAAGAAUUUCUUUACAAAUCUGUCACAAUGUGGAAAAGGUGGAGGAAAUUAUACCUGCUUUUGUUUAUUCAUCCAACAGUAUAUUAAUCAAAUCAUCAAAAUGUUGCAGUGACCAUGUUAAGUCAUUACAGUCCUUGUGUCUAAGGUGUGAGUUCAUAAGCCAAAUACAAGCAUUGCAUUAUGUCCAACAUUAAGUUCACUUAACUAUAAUAACCUGUGGCCACUUUACUUUAAAAAAUAAAUGAAUCAGUUCACCAAUGUAUGGUAUUAGGGUGUGUGGGUGGGUGAAUACUAAUCAAUAUAUUUGUAAUAUAUUAUUUUGUAUGAUGAUAUUCAAUGAAAUGGCAGAUAAACCUGUUAUUUUUUAAUAAAAAUGAAAAAAUAAAAUUUUUGAAUACAA